CAAAUAAUUGGAUUCCUUUGUCUCCCUCCCACCACACUUUUAGAAUAAUGAUACUUGGCUACAGAAGCAAUAUCAUACUACCAUUUUCUCAUCAUAGUUUGGAAAAUGGCAAAUUAGGUUCAUCGACCAGAAAUACAAUUUCCCAGAGACCAUGUAGAGGAGUAAGAUGCAGCUACAGUAUUGCUUCAUCACUGGAUGGUUUCGAAGAGGCAAAGGAGAGAAUAAAGAAAACAUUUCAGAAAGUAGAGUUAUCUCCUUCUUCUUAUGAUACAGCAUGGGUAGCUAUGAUACCUUCAAGAAAUUCUGUAAACCAGCCAUGUUUUCCUCAGUGUUUGGAUUGGAUUCUUGAAAAUCAAAGAGAAGAUGGAUCUUGGGGAUUAAGUCCUAGCCAUUCAUUGCUUGUCAAGGACUCACUUUCUUCUACUUUAGCAUGUUUGCUUGCCCUUAGCAAAUGGGGAGUUGGAGAUAACCAAGUCCAACGAGGCCUUAUCUUUAUUGAAAAGCAUGGUUGGGCAGUUGAUAACAAGGAUCAGAUUUCACCUGUUGGAUUUAGGAUUUUAUUUCCCAGUAUGAUCAAAUAUGCAGAAAAAAUGAACUUAAAUCUGCCUUUGGGUCCUGACAUUGUAAAUCUAGCGAUUAGCAACCGAGAUUUAGCAAUUGAAAGAGCGUUACAGAGUGAUUUCAAGGGGAAUGUUUCAAAUCUUGAAUAUAUGGCUGAAGGACUUGGUGAAUUAUGUCAAUGGAAGGAACUAAUGGUACAUCAAAGAGAAAAUGGAUCACUAUUUGAUUCACCAGCCACUACUGCAGCUGCCUUGAUUUACAAUCAACACGACGAAAAAUGCUUUGAAUACUUGAAUUCAAUCUUGAAACUACACAAAAAUUGGGUUCCGACUAUCUACCCAACGAAGAUACAUUCGUUGCUUUGCUUGGUUGAUACCCUUCAAUGUGUAGGAGUAGAUCGGCAUUUUAAAACAGAAAUAAAAGAUGUUUUAGAUGAAAUUUACAGGCUUUGGCAAGAAAAGAACGAAGAAAUUUUUUCAAACGUUGCCCAUUGUGCUUUGGCGUUUCGGCUUUUACGGAUGAGUAACUAUGAAGUCUCCCCAGAAGAACUAGUUGAAUUUGUCGAUGAAGUACAUUUCUUUUCAACAAGUGGGAGAUUUACGAGUUAUUUUGAAAUUCUUGAGCUCCACAAAGCUUCACAGUUGGCUAUUUAUGGGAAAGAUCACAUUUUGGAUAAAAUUAAUAAUUGGACAAGAUCUUUUAUGGAGCAAAAACUCCUAACCAAUGACUACAUCGACAGGAUGUCAAAAAAUGAGGCAGAGUUUGCUUUGAGGAAGUUUUACGCCACAUAUGGUCGAGUGGAAAAUCAACGAUAUAUUGAGGCAUAUGAGAUGAUCAAUUUUAAAAUCUUAAAAGCCGCUUACAGGUCUCCCAAUAUUAACAGCAUAGAUUUACUAAGGUUCUCAAAGCUGGAUUUUAACUUGUGCCAAGCCCAACAUCAACAAGAACUUCAACAACUCAAGAGGUGGUUCGAGGAUUGCAGACUAGACCAAGUGGGAUUGCCACAACAGAAUUUGUACACUAAUUUCUUCCUGACUGCUGCUUUACUUUUCGAACCUGAAUUUUCUGACGCUCGUCUUGCAUGUGUAAAGAGCACCAUGCUUCUUACUUUAGUUGAUGAUUUUUUCGAUGGAUUUGUUGGCAAAGAUGAAUUGCUCAACAUCUUUGAAUUAGUAGAAAGUUGGGAUGGUAAUUACUCAACAGUGCAAUUUCAUUCAGAGAGGGUAAAAGUUUUCUUUUCAGCACUUUACAAAACUAUAGAGGAGCUUGCAGCAAUAGCAAAUAUUAAGCAAGGUCAAUGCAUCAAAGAUCACUUUAUAAACUUGUGGCUUGAUUUGUUAAAGAAUAUGAUGGUAGAAUUUGAGUGGUGGAGAAAUCAGACAACACCAAGCAUAGAAGAGUAUUUGUCUGUGGCCUGUGAAACUAUUGGUGUUAGAUGCAUUACUCUCAUAACACAAUGUCUUCUUGGGCCAAAACUAUCAAAGGAUGUUUUACAGAGUUCUGAAAUGAGUGCCUUGUGCAAUUGUACCAGUAUGGUGGCAAGACUCCUUAAUGAUGUAGGAUCUUACAAGAGAGAAGAAGCAGAGAGUUCACCAACAAAUAUAGUCUCUAUAUUAAUAAAUCAGAGUAAAGGAACAAUCUCUGAAGAAGAAGCUAUAAAACAUGCAAAGGAAAUGCUGGAAAAUAAGAGAAGAGAGUUGCUGGGGAUGGUUCUAACUCAAAGAAAGGGAAGCCAAUUGCCACAAGUGUGCAAGGAUAUUUUUUGGAAGACAUGUAAAUCGUCUUAUUUCGCAUAUUCAGAUGGCGAUGAGUUUCGCUUUCCAGAGGAAAUAUUGAAGAAUCGUAUCAAUGAACUACUUUUUAAACCACUCAAGUCGUAAGCUCCAUCGCCACCUUAAGAUCGUGGGGUCGAGUUAUCAAGGGAGCAAUCCUUGAAUCGCAAAAAAAAGAAACACUCAAUCAUCCACUAGAGAGAAAUUUACAUUUUAGCCCAUGUUUUAUCGACAUACUCUAAGUUUGAUUCUUGUAGUAUCUGGUUGAGCAUAUUUAAUGUUCAAAUAAUUAAAAUGAGUGCUUUUGAUCUUUCCGCUA